AUGUCAGAGACUACCACAGUGUCAGACUCCAAGGCGAGAACCGUCACUCUUCAUAAUGGGCAAGUCAUUAGCUUUAGAUCCAACACAUCGAUAACCCUAGAAAAGAUUCCAGUUAUCGAUGCGUCAGGAAUAUGGAGCGAUGAGCUUGGGGAUCGAACAGCUGUGGCCGAAAGAAUACGAGAGGCCUUCAGGGGCAUUGGCUUCUUCUACUUGGUUAAUAAUGGGAUUGACUCAAAGUUCGCAGACUUGACAAUGACCGAAGCAAGACGCUUCUUUGCCCUACCGGAGGAGAAGAAGAUGGAGGUCUUUACCGGCCUUGUCCCCAACGAGUACGUCGGCUUCCAUCCGAUGGAAUGCUAUAACCGCAAUGGGUGGAAGCACCAAGAUAAAGCCGCCUUUCGCGAGGCUUUCAACUGGGCUUAUGACGCCCAGAAAGAUCCCGAAGCAGUUGGCAAAACGGAAAAGUCCGUCAGCAUCUGGCCUACUGAUCUACCCGGUUUCCAGGAUAACCUCUCCGCCUACCAUACAGAGCUUCUUCGGCUCUCACACCGACUAACUCGGAUCUUUGCCCUGGCUCUCCACCUGCCCGAAAAUUACUUUGAUGAAUACGUCAAGCGUCCAGAGGCGGGGAUGCGCAUCCUCCACUACCCAGAGCAGAAGCACUCUGUAGACGAGCAGAACGGCAUCGGCGCGCAUACUGACGUCGAGUGCUUCACUAUUGUCACUCAAGAUACUUCUGGCGGUCUCGAGGUUCUCAGCAAGUCCGGCAACUGGGUCAGGGCAGAUCCUAUCCCCGGGUCCUUCGUUGUCAAUAUUGCUGAUUGCUUUAUGAGACAAACGAAUGACUUCUUUGUGUCGACGAUCCAUCGGGUCAUUAAUAAGAGCGGGAACGAGAGGUACUCUGCACCAUUUUUCUUCGGAUUCGAUAGAGCAAAGGUUCUGGAGCCUGUGCCGACAUGCGUGAGUGAGAGUAAUCCGAUGAAAUACCCCGUCAUGACGGGAGGGGAGUAUUAUGCCUGGCGCACGAACAGGCAAAAGGCUAGUCGUGCUUUGAGUUCGAAGGUUAAAUCUUCAUAA